AUGAAAGCGUUACAUCGAUAUGACAGUAAAUAUGAAGUAUUUCGUGCAUCCUUAUACGGAAACGUGCUGCAAUUGUUUUCCGGAAGACGAUUUACUGGGCACAAUGGUGUGUCAACGUUGGAGAACGACUCGAGCUACUUCAAACUGUUGGAGGCAGAUGGCGAUUCGCUCCUCGUCGGUGCAAG